AUGGAAGCUCCUGAGCCGGUCAAGCUGCAGAAUAUAAAGCAGCACUAUGAGAAAGCAUUGGAAUGCCUCAAUGCAGGAAGUCUGGAGGAUAAUAUGGGAAAUAAAGACAGCGCAAUUGCCCUCUACCGACUGGGAAGACGUCAUCUCCUCCAGGGCCUGGAAAUGGCAUCUGACCAGAAUGUUGCUCAGCAGGUUCCAAUGAACAUGAAUAUAAUGCUGAGCAACAUCACCACUCGGCUGACUGUGCUAGAGUCUGCUUCAGCCACAGGACCCUCUGCUACCAAGAAUCGCUAUCCAGUCCUGAUGCAAUCAACAGGGACAGCCAGCUCCCAUACUGACAGAGCGCUUGCUUCAACACCUUUAGGUGGAGUUCCCUGUCUGCCACACUCACAUGCCAUGGCGUCUGAUGUGCCCUGGGAUCUGCCACCAGCCUACACCCCACAACCCACAGAUGGGCAUGUUUCUAUUUCACAGAGCAAGGGGAUGACCCGUACUUCACUACCAACACCACAGCUGGUUUCCCACCAUCAAGACGUUCUCUUUUUCUUGCCCCAUGGGGUGCAGAUAUUCUUUCUUGCACCAGAUGGGCAAGUCAGUGUACCAUCAUAUCCAGGGUACCUGCGCAUCACCCUGAACAGCAGUCAGCAUUAUGAUAGUGAUGAUACCAAAGACAACACACAUCGUCUAGCUUACCUGCAGGUGUGUGAUUGGUACUACCCUCUGUUUCCAGACCUGCCAGUCCUGCUUAGCGACUCCGGUGUGUUCACAUUCCCUGAUACCAUGGCAGCAGAGCCUGGGUCCUAUGUUGGGGUUGUGUUGUCCUCAGAGCUGCCUGCAGUGGAAAGAACUCUUUUUCAAGAGCACCUCUCUUUAUUUACACAGCUCAGAGUUCAGUCUGCAGAGGAUAAUGGCACAGAUGAAGUUACAGGCAGAAACAUUAACCUGAAUACAAAGACUCUCAUCAAUCCUUCAGAGGACACAGCUUUGGGAAAGGAGGAGAAGAUUUUACCUGGAUGGAGUGAGAUGUCACAGUGCAUCACAUCAGGGUCUUCAUUGCUCAGUUGGGGCCUUGUGAAGGGAGGAGAGGCCACAGGUAAAGCUAUCCAAAAUGGAGCAGUCAAGCUACGCAAACACAUCACACCAGAUGAGACGCCAGCUAGGGUCAGUCCCAGAGUCACCACAGGCCUGCGUGUAGCCCAGCAGGCUACAGGGGGAGCUGUCAAAGUCAGCCGGUUUCUGGUUAAUGGCCUUUCAACUGUGGUUGGACUUGUUGGGAAGGAAAUAACACCACAUGUCAAGAAGCAUGGCAGCAAGCUGAUCCCAGAAUCCUUAAGAAGUAAUAACAAUGCCUGCACCAAAAUGAGCGGAGCCAAAAUGGUGGCUGUUAGUAGUGUAAAAGGUCUCUCAACCAUAUGGUCAGGUCUGGAGACAGCAGCAAAGACAAUUGGUAAAAGUGCAAGCUCUGAGAUGGUCCUGACCGUCAAGCACAAAUAUGGCAAACAAGCUAGCCAGGCUGCAGACUCUGCUAUCCUGUCAGUGACCAAUGUAGGAGUCACAGCCUUCAACAUGGACAAUCUAGGCACCAAGGCUGUACUGAAGUGUGCAAGCAAGUAAAUGUAAAAAGCCUCAACUGCAGAAGAUCAAACCAUGAAUGCAGAGACCAGAGCUAAGGGAGAGAUGUGUGAGAAAAAAUAAAGCUUAUGCUCCUCUGCCCAUCUGGAAGCAAUCAAGCAAAGUUAAAACUAUAUAUUUGUAUCAUGUAUACAGAUGAAUUUACUACUCUGCUUAAAAUGAGUCCUGUUACUUUAAAAAUGCCUCCUUUGUAAUUUUUUUUGGUAAAUGUUAGUACUGUCAUUGAAUGUUGAAUGAAGUUUAAAAAGAUCCUAUAAAAUUGUAUUUCUUCUCUCUAUCCCUCACUGUCAGUGUAGUCAAUUGUUAGUAGAUUUUAGUGCCAUUAUUCUUCAUUUGAUGAUGUUGAUGAUGAAGAUGAUUAUUGUUCUUCUUCUUCAAUAAUCACUUAGUCAAAUCCUAGACAGGAGGUGGCAACAACAAUUGCAUGUGCCUGAAAUUCACUGUGCUGUUAUUGUUGAUGUUUCUACUAAAAUAUUUUUAUAGGGUUUAUGAAAGCCAGACAAAUGUGCAUGGAGGUCAGCAGGAGAACCGUUGGUUUUAGUGAGUCAAGUUAGUUUUGAACAAUUUCUGAAGAAACCUAUGAUCAGAUUAAAAGAAUAUAAAACGAAUGUCACAAAUUAUUAAUGAUAAUUAAGGAUUGUCGGCUUCCUACUUAAACCCUUGUUAAAUUUAAUGUUCUUAUGUAGAAGACACCUCAAAUGGCUGUUUGGUCAAAUGGAAUUUGGAAUUAGCAUUUUAAAAUAUAGUUUAGCUUGUAUAUUUUUUUUUUAGAUUACUGCGGAAAAGUUUGCAUAUUGGGAUUUCUGUUUUCAACAGCUUUUGAAUGGUGGGCUCAAAAA